CCUGUCCUCUCCUCUCCUCUCCUCUCCUCUCCUCUCCUCUCCUCCCUGCCUGCCCUUCAGCCCAGACAGGAGGCGCAGGCGGACAGGUAAAGCGACAACUAUUUCAGCGUGCGUCAGCGACGUCAGGUGUAUCAGGGACCCGCCCACCGAGGCAAGCCCCUGUCAGGCAGGACGGGGCAGCCUGUCAGUCUCAGCAGAGCAGCGCAGAGGAGCGGGGAGCGUUGACAGUGUCCAGAGUUCCAGAGAAACAGAGAGGACUUCCCUGCUUCGCUGGACAGGCUACGGCAGCUGAUAGAGGCCAAAGUUCACAGCCUACAGUCCCCCGUCACCGAGGAGCACCAGGGUUUGGUGUGUGAGGAGAACACAGGGAGAGGAGGACUUUGGAGGUUUGCCUUGUUGAGCGAGGAGCUGACCUUUCACCUCCAGCAGCUGCAGAGACAGACAGAGCAGGAGCUCAGCAACAUCCACACACAGAGAAGAAGAAACAGACUGACCAAGAGCUGAAGAGAAACUCCGGCCUUCAGGCGUCCACCUUUCACCUGUGUGCUUGUCGUGAGCUGCAGGCAUCUAUCACCGAGCGUCAGCUCCAGUCAGAGAGGCUGGUGUUCCAAGCGGAGGCACUGAGCGCGCUCCAUAACCUGCUGACCCAAGAUCUGCAGAGGUACCAGGCAGAGACGCAGAGGCUGACCGGUUUCACACAGAAGAUACUCAAACAGUCCCACAGGUCAGACACAGAGGACACGAGCAACCACAGCAUGCAGGGGAAGAACGAGACCGAACAAGGAAACAACAUGCCCGCACCGCAGGUCACUUCUUCCCAGUCUUCACUUAGUUCUCACCACACCACCAGCAAAGAAGAGGCAGAGCAGGCCUGGAGAGCCAGUCCAAAGAGCCGGGAUUUGAAAGGCCUGUCCUACGGUUCGAGCCUGCGGCGAGCCGGCAGCAUCAAAGACCUGAUCACCAAAUUCUCUGGUCCGGAUCAUGACUCUUCUUCCAGAUCCCCACAGAGCCCUUCUUCGGGAGCAGGACGAGUCGCUCUCGAGUCUCCAAAGUCCAAGUCCAAUCCCUCCUCACCGAGCAGUCUCGGACAAAAUGAGAGUCCAGUUCCCAGUAUCACUGUGACACCGUCUGUCAUGGACACCAGUCAGAAAGGGGCUGAUUCAACACAGAUAGACACCAAAACCAGUCAGAUUACCGCAAGAAUAGAUUGUCCAGUAGGAGGCAGCGUGGAGAAGACUAGCCAAACUCGAACCCCAGACUCCGGCAGAGACUCGGUAGCUGAUUCCGGCAUGGGAUCGGAGUCUGAAUUUGAUUCAAACAAGCAUUCAGAGGAGGAGCCCACCACACCCCGGGUCGUGCAGACCAGCCAGAACCCGAAGUAUCAGCUGCUCCUAAACAGCGAGAUGAAGACCAACGGGGUUAGCGGCAGGGAUGCAGAUGGUCCGGGAGGCGGCGGGUCGAUGGGGGAGAACGGCCCCAGGCUGGCCCGAUGGGAGACCAACAGGCUGGGGAUGAACAACUACCGAGGGUCUCUGGAGUCCCUGGCCUCGCGGGACUGGGACACUAUGUCUGACAGGCUAUUGAACAGCACCAUCUCCUGGAAAAAACACAGAUAUAAGCUGGGUGUUGUUGACAGUCCACCCAGGGUGUUCAACAGUCCGUAUGCCACGGCCACCUCCUUGGAGUACAACCCCAUGCACCGGAUGUCUGAGUUCAAGGGUGGACUGUCUCCUGCCACCUCAGAGAUGAACCUGUACAGCUUCAACAGUCGCAGCACCAGUCCAGUGGGCAUUCCCACGCCCACCCUCACCACCAACCGCCCCCGAUUCUCCGCCUACGACACUCUACUGAAGAGGAGGACCGAGGUUAACAACCCUGUGGUUCCCACCCACUACAGCAUGCGCUCUGCCACUAUAGGGGCCCCCAAAGGGAAAAACUACGUAGAGGAGCUAACCAAACAGCUGGAUGAAUUCAGGAAGCGUAACCAGUUCCUGGAGGCAGAGAGCGUGGAGAUGGAGAAGGAGAGGAACCAGAUCAGGUUCGAGAUGCGCAGCCUACUGGUGAACAAUGAGGACCUGCUGAGGACCAACACUCAGCUGACCAACGAGAUGAAGAGGAUGAGGGAGCAGAUGAUAGAGAUGGAGAGAGAGAUCCAGACCAUGGGCGAGAAAUACAGAGCGAUGGAGAUCGAGGUGAAGGAGGCCCGGGACGUUAUGGUGGAGGCCAACACUCAGGAGUACGCCUUCAAUUUCCUCCAGCAGUCCCUUCAAAACAAGAUCCAGGACGCUGAGGAGAACCUGGAGAAGCAGACGCAGCACGCUCAGACUCUUUCUGAGAAGUUGUGGAUGACAGAGAGACAGCUGGAGGAGCUGGAGGUGCAUAAAGAAACCAGAGACAAGAAGACAUCGGAACUCAACAGCACCAUCCUCAGACUGGAGACAGAGCUGGCUGAGGCCCUGCAGGUUUCCACGCAGGCUACUGCCACGCUGCACCUGCAGCAGAAGCUGCGCGAGGACAGCCAGCUGAGGGUGGAGGAGCUGGAGGAGUCCCUGCUGGAGAAGGAGCAGGAGCUGCAGGGACUGCAGACCCUCGUCAACAAACUGCAGGGAGAGGUCUCUGGUAAGCUGAUUGAUAAGGAGCGGACGCUGGAGGAGGAGAUCCAGCUGAGAGAGAGGAUCCAGCUGCAGUGUAAGCAGGCAGAGAGGAUGGUGGACGACCUGCAGAUGGAGCUGCACAGCACCAACCAGGCCAAAGACGACCUGGCUAAACAAGUCAAACAGGCUCAGGAGAAGAUGAUCGACCUGGAGAGCGAUCUGGAGGAGCUGCAUGACAGCGAGCAGAGAUGGGCCACCAAACACAAGAGAGCCAUCGAACAGACUGAGCAGCUGCAGCUGAAGCUGAUUCAGGAGAAAGAUCUCAACGAUCUGCUGGAAUCUGAAAAGGCCUCCAUGGAGAGACAGCUGCGUGAGCUGCGUCUGGAGGUGGAGGAGCUUCAAAGCUCCAAAGUUCAGGAGGACGUCAUCUCCAGGACGGAGAGCAGAGUCAAAGAGCUGGAGAACGCUCUGAGGACCGAGGAGAGGAACAAAUCUGUGCUGGCAAACAGCGUCAACAAACUGGAGAGGAGGAUCAACGAGCUGACCGACCAGAUGGAGGAGGAGCACAGGAUAGCUAAUGAGCAGAAAGACCUGAUGACCCAGAGGAUCCGCUCCCUGAAGCGCCAGGUGAACGAGGCGGAGGAGGAGGCGAGCAGGAAGGAGGCGCAGUACCGCAGCGCCCAGAGAGAGCUGGCCGAGGAGAGGGAGACGAGCAGCCGGCUGCAGAGGCAGCUGCUCGACCAGCACCUGCAGACAAAACGGAAGGAGACUCUGAAUAUUCGUCAGACUCUGGACAACCUGAGGUUGGACCUGAGUGUCGACGACGAAGACGAGGAUCAGCCGCUGCGAGAACAAACAAACAGCGUCACCAAAGUCUGAACCCCCUGACACACUAACACUGACGGUGCAGUCAGGGACACGUGUUGUUGGCCUGUUGGUCUCCUGGAAGAGAAAAAGCAAUCGACUUCUCUGGGGAAAAAACAAACAAAACAAAAACUACAUGUCACCAGACCCAAAAGUCUAUCAGGAUCUUGUCCUGCAUCACUGUCGGCUCCAAAUGUUUAUUAACACUUUUUUUGUUACAGAUGUUGUAAUUUCCUAAUAAUCUCACAGCAAGUGUCCUGCUGGGGAGAGCCGACCUGCUAUACACCUGACAACAAACAACAACUAAGGCGUUAAAUUGCAAUUAAUUGAAAUUAGAAUAUAAUUCCAAGUUCUUUCCAGGGAAAUUACAGACAUUCCAGAAUUAUGUCCCUCUCCUGGUGACCAGCAGGAAUCGCAACAGUAAUCCAUCGACCAUAAACCAUCCCGAGGAGCACAGUCAGUGUGACAGACUCAGAAAGAAUGAUUCACCUUUCAAACGCCUCUUUUGAACAUCAUCUUUUCUAUCACAUAGAAUAUCAAAUAGAAUCACGUUCUGCUCAUUUGCCAAAGAUACAGACAGCUGUAGACACACAGCACACAGAGGGGAAAACUUACACGUGGCGGAAAUACAUAAUAAGGUUUUGUUAAAGGUUAAUUUUUUUGCUGUUGUUGUUUGUUUUGAAUCUGUUCUUGUAGUUGCUAUAACGGACAUCAGGAGUCUGUUCGAAUAAGCUUUAACCCGCCAGAAGUAAAUCUUAGAGUUGAAUUUCCUGUGUCAUUCAGUUGCACAGAAGCUUUACGGCCUUCAUGUCUGACAUCAUUCAUUUUUUUUCAGAAAGGAAUUACCAACUCCGAGCUUUUGACACUGCAUAUUUUUAAGCUUAGGGCUAAUCUUAGUCCUGGGCUAAGACUUGGCCCUGGGAUAACUUGGGAUAAACCCUUUUCACGCACAAGUUGUUAACCCGGGUUAACUGAAGUCCAUGGCUCACCAACUCAUACUGCGGUUCUUCUAGCCCUGGGUUAAAUGUGUGUUGGAACCUGCAGCUAAUGUUUACUCUCUAAAAUGUUAUGUGACUACUGUGUUUACUUAGCCCAGUUUCACACCGGCACCUUUUAGCCCCGUGUUGAUUUCAGGAUAUAACUCGGGGCUAACCCUGCUCUGGAGCGGGGCCAGCAAGCCCGAGGCUAACACUUGGGUUAGCCCACUAUGUCAGGAUUGUGUCAGUGUGUCAAUGCUUUCAAGCCUGGGGCUGAUGGCUUCUGUAGCCUGGGGCCAGGAAGGAUCUAAGAAUGCAUUUAGCCCUGAAUCAAUCACAGCGUGAGAGACCCCGACCAACCAGCAGCUCCCUGUAAAUAUGACAAACUUCUCUGGUUUGGCAGCGCUUGUUUCUGGUUGCUUCGCCGACAAGUCUUUCAUUAGGAGGGAUUUUUCAUGUUAAGUGCUGUUUAGUUUAACGUGUGUCUCACCUUCAUCUGCAGUAUUUGAACAUGUUCCACGCUUGUUGCUGACAUAUUACAGUGUAAUGAAACACAACACGGUUGAACUGUGGAGGAGGGAUCUUUGGCUCGUAGCUGUUUUAAAUUCACACAGACACACAAUUACAAUAUUAUUUAUGCUGAAAACUGUUCAUGUUGUUUUUAUGAUUUGAAGAUUAUUGAUUAUUUACUGUAUUAAAAAAAAGAAUUAGGUAAAUUUUGCAUGAUUUUUUUUAAAGGGUUUGCUGCUGUAUUGAUGUCACACUGUAUGUGUUUAUGAUUUGAGGUUUAUGGGAUAAGAUCAGCAAGGAAGACUAAAAUUCUCACAAGGCAUCGCAACUAUUCUUAACUGUAUUUUUGUUCACCCACUAGUGAGCAAAAGCAGAUUUUUAAAUAUUUCUUAAGUUUACCAGCUGAAAUGUUUUGCUCUCAGAAGUUAAAUAAAUGUCUAAAUUUGGUUUGGAUCAAAGCUGUGGGUUAACAAAUUUAAAAAAAAAAAAAACUUUAAAAAGUAGAUUAUUAUGUUAGAAACACACAUCAUAUGCAAUGUGUACAUACCAACGUUUAAUGUUCUGCAGACUCUUAUUUUGGUGGGAAAGAAUUUGACAAAUCAGGAGAAAGGUCACUGAUUUAAUCCUCAAAUACUACUUGCUGCCAAAAUGUUCCUCUAAUUUGAAAAGAAAAUUCAUUUCCUUGACCUAGCCAUGAUAUCAUGUAUGCUCUGUACAUGCUCCCUGCUUGAAGGAUGCCCGUCAUAAACACACAGUCUGAGGCAAAUGUUCAGAUUCAGUUUGCAUUAUCUGUUAUGUUUACAUUUGUUGGUGUAUUUCGCUCUUCUCGGAAGCAGGAGCAGAAAAACACGGAUUGCAUCACUGACAAACUUUCGUAUCACUGCUGUUGGGAAUGUAAUCGCUGCAGUUUCACUGCAGAGUUUCCGGUCUAUCUUUUCUCAUAGCGAAAGGACGAGAUGGUGUCCACACACACACACACACACACACACACACAUGUACAAAGAAAUAGACUACACGGACUUAUUUUUGCAAUCACUCGUCACAUUCUCCUGGUUCUGCUGUUCUCGGGUAUUUAUUUUUGUGUUUUGUUUUCCAUGUUCUCUCUUUUGGUGAGAAGUUUCUUAGUACGAAAAUGCUAAAUAAAGUCUUGGCCACUGUGAA